GGCGGAGGCGGAGCUCCGGGGAGGUGCCGCUCGCUAGCAGCCCGAGCAGCGCAGCAGCGGGCGGCAGGCGUGGGGAGCGGCGGCAGCGGUGGCGACUCAGGCUCCGGCUCCCGACCCGGGUUCUCCGUCCUCCUCCCGCCCCGAGAAGCGCCGUGAGACCCUCUGGGACAAGCGUCUCCCUCCGCCUCGCGGCCGGCUGCAGCUCUCCCAGCUCCGCAGCAGAAAGACCCCGAGCAAGGCGGAGGCGGCGGCUCUGGCCCGAGCUCGAGCUGUCCUGGGGCCUGGCCUGGGCCUGGGGGCUCUGCGGACGCUGCUUCCCCGCAGCCUGGAUUGGUGACUGCAGCUCCUGGGGACUCACGCUUCCAGGUUUCCUGGAAUGGGCAAUCUUCUCAAGGUCCUAACCAGGGAAAUUGAAAACUACCCACACUUUUUCCUGGAUUUUGAAAAUGCUCAGCCCACGGAGGGCGAGAGAGAGAUCUGGAACCAGGUCAGCGCCGUGCUCCAGGACUCGGAGAGCAUUCUCACAGACCUGCAGGCUUACAAAGGCGCUGGCCAGGAGAUCCGUGACGCAAUCCAAAAUCCCAAUGACAUCCAGCUGCAAGAAAAGGCCUGGAACGCAGUGUGUCCACUCGUUGUCCGACUGAAGAGAUUCUAUGAAUUUUCCAUCCGGCUCGAGAAAGCUCUGCAGAACCUUCUAGAGUGCCUGACGUGCCCUCCCUACACACCCACCCAGCACCUGGAGCGGGAACAGGCUCUGGCCAAGGAGUUCGCCGAGAUCCUCCACUUCACCCUUCGCUUUGAUGAGCUCAAGAUGAGAAACCCCGCGAUACAGAACGACUUCAGCUACUACAGGCGGACAAUAAGCCGCAACCGGAUCAACAACAUGCACCUAGACAUCGAGAACGAAGUCAACAACGAGAUGGCCAACCGAAUGUCCCUCUUCUACGCAGAAGCCACCCCCAUGCUGAAGACCCUGAGCAACGCCACCACCUACUUCGUCUCGGAGAACAAAACGCUGCCCAUCGAAAACACAACAGACUGCCUUAGCACCAUGAUCAGUGUGUGUAAAGUCAUGCUGGAGACCCCAGAGUACCGGAGCCGAUUCACCAGCGAAGAAACCCUCCUGUUCUGCAUGCGAGUCAUGGUGGGCGUCAUCAUUCUCUACGACCACGUGCACCCCGUGGGGGCUUUCUGCAAGACGUCCAAGAUCGACAUGAAAGGCUGCAUCAAAGUGCUGAAGGAGCAGCCCCCGGACAGCGUGGAAGGCCUCCUGAACGCCCUCAGGUUCACCACGAAGCACCUGAACGAUGAGUCGACCUCCAAGCAGAUCCGAGCCAUGCUGCAGUAGGGCUCUGUGCACCGGGAUCCCACGGGGCCCUGACCUCAGAAGAUGUAUAUGUUUACAUAAUUUAAUACAGAUUUAUGUUAAUACUCGUGUAUUUACAUAACCAUUUCCUUCCUGUCACUGAGAUGUAUGGCUCUCGGGCCCUAACCUGACUGAUUCUCGCAGCCCGUAGUGAGACAUAAAUUUCCUCCGCAGCCCUCCCCUUGACCUUCAGGCAGACAAGCCCCCCCACCCCCGGCCGGGAGAAGUGAGGCUUUGUGCGGGGGCUCAGGAGCUCCCUUCACCGGCCCCUCGGCUGUCGGCUCCCUCCCUGUCUGGGGCAGCCCUCCUUCCCGGUCCCCGGCCCUGGGGGAGAAACCGAGUUCCAGACGCUCAGCCAGCCUCCUUCCCGUCUCAGCUGGGCCGAAAGCGAGGCAUCUUCUCCCGAGACGGGAACUAAAUUUGCUCUAAAUGCUUUUAAAAAUUAAAUAAAAAUAAGAAGGGGGGUGUGGAGGCCACGGAGCUGGGGAGCGUCAUGGCGCCUUCCCUGGAGGCCACACCCUGUGUGGCGGUCUCCGGCCUGGAGGCAGCCCAGCCUCGGCGAUCUCCAUCACCUGCAGGAUGGAUUUCCUUCUGUCUCUCUCAAGCAGCAUCCCAGAGCUCAAGGGAAGAGGGAACCCCUUGCCAGCCCCCUCCUCAGAAGCCUGAGCUGAAUCCCUGCCUUCCCCCCCCAGAAGCCAGAGCUGAGCCCCCUGCCUCCCCCCCCCCAGAAGCCCAAGCUGAGCCCUCUGGACCUUGAGCUCCAUCUUCUCUGGCGGCUGCCCGGCUGAGGGUCUGGAUCAUUGCAGAUUCUUGGGCUUUAAUCAGAGCGUCGUGAUCGGGAAAUGCUUCUGACUCGCAGUCUCCCUAGACGUCUCCCCCCAUGUCUGAGCCCUCCUUCCUGCCUCGAGGACCCAUCUGGCAAAACUUUCCUGGAAGACGGAGGGUCCGGCAGGGCCCCAUGAGCCUCAUCCAGGAAGGUCGCCCAAAGUCACGUGGGACUCGAGGAGGUAGAACCGAACAUUUUGCUGAACUUUCUCCUUUUUACUGAUGAGGAAACUGAGGCACAAAGAAGGGGAAUGGGACCUGCCCGGAUCAUUCUGGCUCCCAAUCCAGUCCCCGGCCCGCUGCUCCCCAGCGUCACGAGACUAGAAAGAGCAAAACGAGGGGCCGCGUCGGGGGCAGAUGGGGAGCCGGACUCCAAGUCAGGAAGCGGGCUUUGACUUCCCCCUCACACACAUGGUAGCCUGGCAAGUCCCUUUACUCUUUCAGACUCAUUUUCCUCAUCUGUAAAAUGGAGAUAAUAAUAGCGCCCGCCUCCGGGGUCCUGGGGCAGAGCAAAGGAGACGAUAUUUCUCAAGUGUUUAGCAAGUCCCCGAGCCCCGGACAAUGUGAGCUCAGAUUAUUUAUUGCAUUUAGAUAACCUUUGAUGAUUGACGUGAUAGGAAGGGGCGGGAGAGCCCAGGAGGGGCCGUUCUGCUUGACCAGAUCCCUGCCGUGGGCUCAUUUUGUGGUCGUUGACCGGAUUCUCCCCAUGGAAAAGUCCCAGUCAGUUUUCUUUGACGUCAGCCCUUGGGCUGAGCAGAAGGACACGGAUGCCUCUGGCUGUGAGCCAUCACCCCGUCCAGCCCCUCACCCGCUCACCCUCCACACGGUCAUCCUAACGACUGGACAGUACCGGCCCCUCCUGGAGCUCGGAGAUCUCGGCCCACUCACCCCCGACAAACGGCCUCCGGAAGCGCCCUGCAAGGAAAGACGUUCAGUCCUUCAGAGUCGUCUCAUCUUCACGUUCCUAAGUCCAGUUCUUCUCUGUGGGUCCCCGCAGAUCGGACCUGACUCCAAGAUGGCCACCAUGCCCCCCCCACCCCCAUGUGCCCCGAAGCAGCUUCUGGGCGCUGCAGGAGACAGAGAGAGAGCUCUGCGACCCUGGGCACGUCCACAAAAUGAGGAAAAUGGUUUCGGCGAAGUCCAAGGGCCCGGACAACUCUACCUAGGGGAUUUUAUGAUUAGGCUUCCCCCAACAGAAGGGGAGAUCCCCUAGGACUCUGAGAUCUACCUGGAUCUGGGAUCCACCCUGUUGUCUUCCCCGGAGCCAACCCAGCUAAUCUAAAAUGGAGCAAACACAAGAGGCCAGCAGAGGCCUGGAUGCUGCGUCUCGGACGUUCGGGCCAGGGCCCCUGUUCUGGGUCCGAGCCAACUCGCCUUCCUGUUGGGCCAGCUCUAGCUUCCAUCUAUGGAUCCCAAGCCCCGCCCCGCCCAUCCCUAACUAUUCUAGUGAAUUCUCCCCCCAUCCUGUUCCUAUGAAGUUUUUUUGUUUGUUGGUUUUUAAUCUAAGGGGGAGACUUGAAAUCUGCCCCAUGAAAUUUCACUUUAAUUACUCGGACCCAUCAUCCAUCCUGUCAAGAUAUUUUGAGGCCCCCGUUCUUUCAUUCACAGUGUUUGCUGCCCCUCCCCCUGCCCCCCACCUUACCAUGUCAAACACCUGCUGGCUUUAGAGCUGGGCUGCAGCCUUGGGAGAAAGGAAGCAGCGCCCUCAGCCCGGGCCGCAAACCCAGGCCCGCUUUACACACAAAAGCCGGUGGGGUGGGUCCCGUCCAGAGUCCCACGGAUUGCGAGGAGAUGGGCCGGACCGUGCGUCGGAGGCCGGCGUUCUCAGAGUCCAUCCAGACCAGUCCCAUCCCAUUUCACAGAUGAGGAAACGAGGUUCCAAGGAGGUCAAAGUCUUCCGCCUCCAUUACCAUCUGUGCCUUCGCCAAAGUCCGCGACGAUAAAAUCGAACGGAACCAGCUCAAGAACGUUUGCCAGACUCAGGCGCCAGACCACAAGGGGAACGUGGUUCUGGCAUCCUGGGUCAGAAAACAACAGCUGUCCAAGCGAGCCCACUCCAAAGAGCCGCAAAUAAGUCCCAAGGCUCUUAGAAGUAGAAGGGCCCGAGCCCUUCCUGUAGCCGGGACAGUCAUAGCACAAUUAAUUCUGGAAAAUGAGAGCGUGAAUCCUGACCUCCGGACCUGUUCGGGUACAUCUGUGGUCCUUGAAGGGCGUGGACGUGAGUGCUGGCCAGCGCAGCCAUUCUCUGGGGCCUGAUGGUUAGGAGCUGCUGGAGUCCCCCACGGGGCCUCGGACGGCCCCAUGCUUGUGGGUGAGCGACGGAGAACACCGCGAAGACCUGACCCCCAUCAGCCACCGUAGGACCGAGGACUGGAAGAGACAUAAAGAGACCGGGGGGACCACCUUGUCCAUCGCCUCCUUUGCAGAGGAGAAAGGAUUCUCAGAGAAGGGAAGUGGCUGCCGGUCUUGUAGGGGAUAAGGAACAGAUUCAAAACAAGGUUUCUGAAUUCAGACCCAUAUCCCUCCCAGCCUCAAGUGGCCUGGGCCUCCAGAGAAAUAAAUGAGAGGUUGAGAACCAGGAUGUCAGUGUUCCGGCCCACGAACCAGGAUGUCAGUGUUCGGCCCAAGAACCAGGAUGUCAGUGUUCUGGCCCAAGAACCAGGAUAUCAGUGUUCCGGCCCAAGAACCAGGAUUUCAAUGUUCUGGGGCAAGAACUUUUAGAUUCCCAUUGAUACAACUUUCCAUCUCCGCCCUAAUCCACACCACCAACUUUGCCCACAACUUCAAGGUGAGAGUAAUCUGGAGCUUGCAAAGUCUUAGAGUUGAAAGAGACAUAGUUCCAUCCUCCUCCCCUCCCCUGCCCUUGCCCAGAAAAAAUAGAACCGUGUUUAAGGGAGGACCGGCCCGCUCCCUAGGGGGUGGGGAGAAUAGUCUCAGCUGUCGGCUGUUGACUUCCUUUUGGAAAAUGGCUCGGACUAGACUGCUCUGAAUUUGUGCUCGAUUUGACCCUGAUGUAAGUGGGAGCUUUCUCUUUAGGAGCCAGACCCUCUGGAAGGUCGUGUUCCAGCUGUGUGUCUAAACAGGACUGCCCCCCUCCCCGCGACCCGGCCCGGGGUUCUCAUUUGCUCUUUUCAGAAUCUGUCGCCCUUCCCAGCCUGCCCUUGCUCCUUUUGUACAGAAGUUUUGUGUGUAAAAUGAAAUAAAAUUUGGUACAUAUCCUGA